CCUCGACCACCACUUCACGCGCGCCCUGGGAGGUUCUCCGAACGACGUUGUGCUGGCUUUCUGUUUCCUGUAAUUGUCCAUAAUCUGCUCGCCGUAUAUCUCACUGCUUCAAGCUACGCGAAGCUAUCGCACCCUCGUCCAGACUGCUCCUAACAGUGUCUCACCAUGCAGUCCCUUCGCGUUCGCAAGCCGACCGAGUCCCAGCAGCCGCCGAAAGUCCAACGUUCUGCGAGCCGGCUCAUUCGUGCGAGGGAUGGCCGCAGAUCCACUAGGGUCGACGAGAAGAUGAAGCGGCGCAUGUCGACGCGCUAUGCAGACAUCUCUUCUCCUACCGAGGCCUCCGUACCCGCGGUGCCCAGCCUCCCCAUUGGCAUUCAGCCCUCACCUGUCAAGCAGCAUGAGGCUGCUAUUCCGGAGGUAUCAUCGCCCGUGGAGGAUCCGAGAGUCACUGAGGCGAGGCUGCUUGACGAGGAUGACUUUGAUCCCGAUGCUUACUUGAAAGUGAAGAUGGCGAAUUCAACAGAGGCGGAGCUCAAAACUAUGCAGUCGUCGCUACGAGCGCAAAGGGAUAUGGUCGCGAAGGACCUGCAGCACGAUGUCUUCAAGAAUUAUGCUGAAUUUGUGCAAAUAUCUAAGGAAGUCAGCGUCAUUGAGAAUGAGAUGCUCGAGUUCAAAGAGUGCCUCGCGGAGUGGAAGGGAAUGCCCUCGCUGCUCCACAUUGAAGAGUCGGCAUCUGCUGUAGAACGGCGACGGAAUGUUCGCUCCUCCAUCGCUGACCUCCGUGUCCUGUACGCCAACCAGAUGCAAACCCUGCACAGCCAAAUCGAAGGCUCAAGCAAAUUUGUGCCUAUUACCCCGGGUCGUCACGUCGUUUCAGAAAUGGACAACAUCCUCGCGUUGAACCCAGCCACAUAUAAGGUUGAUCACCCCGUGCGGUUCGUCAUCGUAGAUGAUGCGGUGCUUGUUGCUCGCAUCAGACGGCGGCGAAACAAUGCGGAAAGCGACAAGCAAGUUGCUGAGCGGUGCUGGCCACUGAACGAGAUGCUGGUGUUGGAUACAAAGGACACUGGUUCCAUGACGAAUGUGUUCAAGAUCAGGCAUGGCAAGGAGACACAUGUGUACCGUACAGAGAUCUCAGCCGACAAGAGACAUCUCUUGCAGACAUUUCGCCAGGUUGCAGAAGAGCUCUCCGCAAAGAAGCGCAAGGAACGCGAGGGCGAGCAUCUCCGACGAAAAAGUCUGUGGGGCGGUGAUCGCAACUCAGCUGUAUUUGGGGUUGAGCCCAUGCCCGCAAUGCCACCUAUUCCAGGAUGGAUGGCGGACCUUAUUGGGCAGUCGGAGGUGGGUUCGGAUGCGAAAGAUAAGGUUGAACGCGAUGCGCGCUGGAUCGGCGACUUUUGCGACGAUCUGACUGUCUCUAUCUCUCUUCGCGAAUGGGACAAAGCCGUGGAGCUCGUCGAGCAGGGUGAGGCACAGCUUACGAGCAUGCCGUCCCUCGGGGCAAAACUCGCCUCGCUGAAAGCCUCACUCACCACUGCGCUCUUGCAAGCACUUUCGCAGCCUUCGAAUCGCAAGUCUGCGGUGACCCGGCUGAGUGCACUGCUCGUUCGUCUGAAGGCAGGUGCCGCGGCUCGAAGCGCAUUCCUUGCUGCGCGAGAGGACCUCAUGCAUCGCCGCUUGCGAAUGAUUCGUUUUGAAGGCGAUAUAGAGAUGUAUGUCGGCGACUUGGCGGUGGUGGUGUUUACCGGAAUCAAGCACACCGCAGAUUGGUACUUGUCGAGCUUUAAAGAGAACGACGUGGCAAGCUUCUUCAUUGAAUGGGCGAAGAAACAGGUCGAGUUUUACGCAGAGGUGUUUCAGAGACAGGUCUAUGGCUCCGACAUAGACCAGCAGACGAUAGACGAGGCAAUCAAAAUCACUCACCUGCAGAGUCGUAGAUCAUUAGAAGAGUAUGGUAUCGACUUCCGCUUCCUCUUGGACAAGCUCCUGUUGGAAGCGCAACCCUCCAACCAUACAGGUCCGCCUCCCUUCAAACCACACAAAGAGCGAGAGCGAGAGCUCAUCCACGCCCGUCCCGCCACUCCCAUCCGUCAACACGCACGUCUCGUCUUCUUUCCCGGGGAUCAGCGUGACAUCGCCUCUGUCGCCCACUCCGAGCUCGCCGGCCUCCCAGAUCAUCUCGCCUCCACCCCGGUCAUCGUCUGCGGGGACGACGAGGACAAUCACGCCAACUCCAAGAUCGGCGCGAGCCAGCCCGGCGCCGCCUCCACCGCGCUCGAGGGAUCGGGAUCGACCGGGAAGUGCAGCGAGCCACCGGCCGCCACCUGUUGCGGUACCGAGGCGAGAGGGGAUGUUUUGAGUGUUUACUAUCUCGCUGUCUGAGUGUUUUCGCUUUAAUUUAUAACAUGGAUUUGGAUUUUUUUUCCCUCUAACCAUAUCCGCGCGCCACUUUGAAGUUUUUUGAAGGACAUUCGUGUGCGUCUCGAAUGUGUCACUCCCGUGCUUUAAAGUUGGACUAGGCGUAACACAAUAUCAGCAAUGCCCGGCUUUGUCUGAGCCGUGGUCACCCAUAGCAGUAGGCAAAGGCACAAUUCUCGGACAUCGUCAAUAGAAUAUUGGU